AUUACCCUCCUGUUUUUCAGACUAGCAUAGUGACCCAGUGGAUCCCACCAGAAAAGCGACAGAAUACGAGUAUCUAAAGUAAUGGCAACGAGUAUGUCCCAUCAGCAAACCCGCGGCAGGCUCCGCGAUGUCAUACCAGAAGCGCAUCUUGGGUUUUGGCCACCUGGUCCGAAAAAUGGCAUCACAGACGUGCCCGGUGUCCUUGCCCACACGACCACUAUCCGUGACAAGAGUGGGCAAAUUAACACGGGAUUAACGACCAUCCUCCCUCGGAAAGACUGGUUCCACACGGCCUGCCAUGCCGGCGUCUUCCGUCUCAACGGAUCAGGAGAAAUGACUGGGACACAUUGGAUCGAGGAAAGCGGUCUCUUGCACUCGCCCAUCCUUAUCACCAACAGCUUUGCCGUAGGGCCAUGUUAUACCGGCAUCUACAAGUACGCAAUUGAACAUUACGGAAAGGGUGAGCAGGGCGUCGAUUGGUUCCUGCUGCCAGUCGUCGCCGAGACGUUUGACGGGCACCUCAACGACCUGAGACAGUUUGCUGUGACGCCAGAACACGUUGUGGACAGUAUCACCAAUGCUUCCGAGGAGCCGAUUGCAGAGGGGAACGUGGGCGGCGGGACAGGCAUGCUGUGUCAAGGGUGGAAAGGCGGCACCGGGACCAGCAGUAGAAUUGUGGCUGGGGAAAACGAGACGUCGUACACGGUUGCCGCCCUUGUCCAGGCCAACUAUGGGAGACUCCAGCAUUUGCACAUCUCGGGCGUCCCGGUCGGACGGAUCCUGCAAAAGAGAAACGCAAGCAGCAAGGCCGCCGCUGCUCAUGAUGCAGAGUACGACGAGGCAAAGAACAAAAAGGAUGGGUCCAUCAUCGUCAUUCUUGCCACGGAUGCGCCGCUUCUUCCUGUUCAGCUCCAGCGGUUGGCCAAGCGAGCGACCAUGGGCCUUGCGCGUGUGGGCAGUUAUGCUCACAACCCUUCGGGGGAUCUGUUUCUUGCGUUUUCCACAGCUGCCGAGAUACCCGUGCAGACAGUCACCGGCCAGCACAGGGCCGUUGAUCCUUUCAAGCCUGGGAUGAUUAACAUAGAAGCAACCGACAACCAGACUAUUAAUGGCCUCUUUGAAGCAGCAGCGGAUGCUACAGAAGAGGCUAUAUAUAAUGCGCUCACUAUGGCUGAGACAAUGACAGGCAAUAUGGGCCGCACGGUAAAAGCCCUGCCAUUGCAAGCCACCAGGGAAAUUAUAGCCAGAUUUAAAGAAGUUGAGGGUUCAUUCGUGUAAAUGGUAGAAGUAGUGGAUGGUAUAAGUAGGUAACAUGCUCUAUGCAUUUCUUUUUUUUUCUUAAACUAAUUGGCAUGCUGGAUCGCUCACCCUGACUCCCGCAGCCAUUUAUAGUACU